AUUGCCUCGACAUCCUUGUUGUCUAGGUUCAACUGGAAUCUCGAGCGUUUGACCGCCAGAAGACCGCUAGACAGCUAUGUUGACUCAGGAUGAGACUCGCCGGGCCAUCUUCUUCGCCCUGCAACUAUUGUCAAGAUCCAAAGCACAGCGUCAGUUGCAUUCCAUCGCUACAAGCACCUCGUCGACUUCUACGAGACGCGAUGCAAAUCGAUCGGGGUACAGUCGGGCAGCUUCAAAUCUCUUAUCGGCGGCUCAUAAGCGACCUUCCUCGCCUCAAAUUUCAAAGCCUGAAAAGCUCGAGGUCAAGGUCAAAGUUGCUUCGAAAAGUGGCUCAGCCAGCGGUCAUAAAUCAGGCCAUACAGUUGGACAGAUCACCAAAGCAGCCAAUACUGCACAUCUGAAAUCUCAGACAAGGGGUCAACAGACUUCUGCUUCCUCCAGCAGCUCACUCUCGACUCAGCGCUUGAAGCCAGCAAGCAGCAGUUCUUGGUCGAAGAAAAAGCAAUUGGAGGCCGGAAGGAGCAGAGGUGUAUCUGUAAAGGGGGAAAACGGAGCUGUCGAAUCAUUGGACCAUCACUCGACGCGCAACACCAGCGCAAAAGCCAACAGGCCGACAGGCGGGACUGCAGGGGUUCCUAGCGCACGUCAUUCGCUGGAUCACGAGGAGCAAGAAGCAUUGGCUGCUUUGGCCGCCGCUGAAAACUGGCGGGUCCCCAUCAAGCGAAACGUGAUGGAGGAGAUUCUGAGUGAGGCGUCACCGCGUGCCGGCGAUGGAGGUGUCAGCGACGAUUCCGGGAAUGUCAGGUCAGCCAUGACGGCUAGAGGCAGAAUCGCGGCGGAUCAGGUUUCACUCAGAUCUCAAAAACCCGAUCGACAUAUGGUGGUCAAUCGUCUUCGGUCCAACCUUACGGGAAUUCCUUUCAGCCCUGGUAUCCAUUUCAUGCAAGAUCCCAGAACUGGAGUGUAUAAUUUCGACCCCAACCAGCUUCACCAGGUGCCUAGCCCCGAAGAGUUCGCUUAUGAUCGAGUCGCUCCAUAUUCGAAACCAUCGACGCACAAGGAGUUGGCGAAUUUGGCCGAGAAGGCUUCCUGUACAUAUGCUGGAUCAACAUCUACUCUAACCAAAGCUUUCAGUCAAAUUUAUUUUCUCAUCAGCCGCGAUCGCGGAGUCAAUAUCAAACAAUUUUCAGGCCAUUUCACCACCGAGAGGACCGAUUUCUCAUUCGGUUGUCAACUUCCUGCCUGCCUAGAAGUGACCAAAAAUCCGGAGAACGGGGUUUGGUAUGUCGAUAAUGACAAGUCGGUGGACGUCGACAACAUUCUCGCAGACUAUGGCGUUAUUAUGGAGAAGAUGCUUACUCUUGAGCCUGAAGAAUUUGCCAAAUUGCUCAAGAAGAAUCCCGGAGAGCCGAACGCCCAGCAGCAGGAUGUAUCUACAGAGGCCUUCUACUAUCAGCAUGGUGCAAAGUUGAUGAUGCGGUCGCAACUCGACUGCUAUGAUCCUCGUCUCCCAGGCACCGGCGUGUUCGAUAUCAAGACAAGAGCGUGCUUACCGAUCCGGUAUGAUCGAGCCAAUUGGAUCGCUAACUCGGCCUACGAGAUCAGUCAGGAAAAGGGUUUCGUCAGGUCGUUUGAGCGAGAAGACUAUGAUAUGCUUCGGGCGACCAUGCUGAAGUAUAGUAUGCAAGCGCGUAUCGGAGCCAUGGACGGCAUUUUUGUCGCCUAUCACAGUACGGCCAAGAUCUUUGGAUUCAGAUACCUGCCUUUAGCUGAGAUCGACUCACAACUUUUUGGGACGACUGAGAUGGCGGAAAUGUCUUUCAAACUUUGCGUGGCACUUUUUGAGAGUCUGUUGGACGAAGUGGUCGGUUGUUUCCCGGGACAUGACAAGCUGAGCGUAACCAUCAAACAUUUCCCGGGGACAAUGGAGAAGUCUGCUGGUACUCUUGCCGCCUUCGUACAACCGAGAGGCUUGGAGGAGGAUGGUGCAGACGUCCCUAUCCGAGCCGUGCUACUCUCUGUUGACAAUUUCAUCGACGGAGAAAAGGUUGAAGGAGGCUUCGAGUUGAACUUUGAUGAAAAUUCUAGAAAGGAUCAGACGUGGGCGGUCGAUUGGCAAAUUGCUGUAUCUGGGACGGAUGCGGCAACUCAGCAAAAGAUGUCGCAAAAGCUGAACGAGGCAUUGCGUGAGAUCAACGCGAUGCAAAAGCUCGCACCUCCAGAAGGAGUCACCUUGGAUCAGAUGCGAGCUCUGGAUCGAGUCAAAUACGGUGCAGACGAGACAGUUGCCAAGAAGGGCCGAGCAGUCUGGAUCACGCCCAACCUCAAUCAGUUAAUGUACAGAAAAGAGGCAAAAGAUAGCGCUUCGGAACACAAGAAACGGAUGAAAGAGUGGAGAGAGGGACACGACAAGGUUCUCAGUUGGCAACCUGUACCCACGCCCACGCCAUGAUGGCAUUCCUGAUGUACCAUAGCUUGUAUCACUUGCAUCCUCACUUGACAAGGUGCAUU